AUGUUUGGUUUAUCAAGAUCAUCAGACUUAGUGAAGUGGUCGUUCAAAGGUCUCAUUAUUACUACUGACUCAAUCAAAGGUCCAGUUAUCAAUGCUAAAGAACAAAGAAGUGGUAUGAUACUAACUCUCAAGUAUGUCCUGUUCGACCUUGCAACAUACCUUAGAGCCUCUAAAGGAAGAAGAAAGCCCCAUUGGGGUGACUCUGUCUUUAUUAAGAAUGAGGGUGAACCGCUCCAAGUUAAUGAUAUAAAUUCAAUUGUAUUAUCAACACUCUCAAGCUCCGGUAUUGAUACUAGAAAGUUCAAAUCUCACUCUAUCCGUUCCGCUAUGGCUUCUCUGCUGUUGUUCAAUAACGUUCCGUUCCAUGUUGUCAAGAAGAUGGGUCGCUGGAAAUCAAACGAUACUGUAGAUACCUUCUACGAUAAAAGAAUCAUUGGUGAAAAAUCUGGUGGUAUUUUCAUUGAUACUGUCAAUGAACAAAGUGAUGAUGAAUCAAGUAACAAUGUCGAUGUUCCAACCGAUUAUCAAUUAUCCGAUACCUUACUUGGUCAGUACAAACAUAUGGUAAACAAUCAAGGUUUACUCGUCAAAGAAGAAUGUAUCCUCAAGAAAGAUGAGAUAUCCGAAUUGAAUAAAAUAUUCAAUUUUCCAUCUAACAUCCAAGUGAAUGUCGCUCCAUUCGGUACACCUGAAGGUAUUACUGUAUCAUUCAACGUCAAGAACAAUGAUACUGACUAG